AUGGUGUGCGUACAAUCUGUUCAGGGUGAUGGUCCUAGUUUAUACGUAACUGGAUUGUCCAUGAGAUCUAGAGAAGCCGAUAUGAGGGUUCAGUUUGAACUAGAAGAAGAAAAACCUUCAGGUACUGUUGUUGGAACUAUUCCUGUAAAGCCGAAUUUUACUUAUCGUUUCAAUGAUAUUCCAGAUGAGUUUUAUUUGAAUAGUACCACAGGAACUAUCAUCACCACUAAAAAGAUAGACAGGGAAAAGCUUCAAAGAGACCGGUUUGACUUAGUGAUACUAAGUAGCCAACCAACAUAUCCUAUCGAAGUUAGAAUUAUCAUCGUUGAUAUAAAUGACAAUUCUCCGGUAUUUCCUGAGCGAAGUAUCUACGUGACAUUUUCAGAGAGUGCCAAUAUUGGUACGAGAGUAAUCUUAGACACUGCAACAGAUGGAGAUGCUGGGAUUAAUGACGUCACCACAGACUACAAGAUUGUCUCUGGAAGCGAAAAUAACGAGUUUCGUUUGGUAGUGACUACUAACCCUAGUGGAGAAAUGCCCUAUUUGCACUUGGAGACAACCAGUCGGUUGGACAGAGAGGUCAAAUCCUUUUAUCAGCUCAAUAUUUCUGCUCAGGAUGGGGCGAGUACCCCUAAAUUAGGUUUCUUGCUAGUGAAUAUUACUAUUCUCGAUGUGAACGAUAAUCCUCCAAUAUUCGACCACAGUGAUUAUUCAGUAAGUCUGAAUGAGAGCGUUCCUCCUGAAACUAGUGUUUUACAGGUUCGUGCCACCGAUAAUGACCUUGGUGAUAAUGGUAAAAUCACUUACUUUUUGAGUGAAACAGAAUUGCAGUUUGCUGUGGAUCCUCAAACAGGAGUAAUUUCAACUUUAGAUUAUCUAUCUUGUCCAAAGAAUUGCCCCACGUUAGAGAAUUGUUCUAAAAGUUGUGUCUUUACUGUAUUUGCUCGGGAUCAUGGAUCACCUCGACAGGAUGGCAGAGCUUAUGUUACUGUAAAUCUUCUAGAUGCUAAUGAUCAUGACCCCAUUAUUCGAUUUCGCUUUUUCCCUGCUACUGCAAGCUAUGCCACAGUGGACGAGAAUGCUCAGAACGGGUCUGUAGUGGCAGCAGUAAGUGUAAUAGAUUUUGAUGAAGGAUUAAAUGGUGAAACCACAAUAGAUAUUCAAGCAGGUAAUGAACAGUCUCACUUUAGAUUAGAGUCAACGCCCAGUUUUGAUAUUGUCAGAGUAAACGGUGUGUUAGAUCGGGAAAACAUUAGUAAAUAUAACUUGACUAUCACUGCCACAGACAAUGGAUCACCUGCUAGGAGUUCUACAACGUUUUUGAUUAUUCACGUGAAUGAUGUGAACGACCAUGAACCAGUUUUUGAAAGAAAUGAGUACUCUGCAGUGUUAAGUGAACUAGUCCCCGUUGGUACUUAUGUUGCUGGGAUCACAGCAACUGAUGAAGAUACAGGGAUAAACUCAAACAUUUAUUACUCAAUAGCAUCGGGGAACGAAAAGCGUUGGUUUAAUUUACACUUUCAAACAGGGCUGAUAACUACAGCGAAUCCACUAGAUCGUGAGGAGCUAGAUUUUGUAGAACUGAAAAUAUCAGCCAGAGAUGGAGGUCCCAAUCCACGUUGGGCCCAUACCUACCUUAAAAUACAGAUAUUAGAUGAAAAUGAUGAAGCUCCUACAUUUUCUAAAGGUUUUAGUAACGUUUCUCUGUCUGAGAAUGCUCCUCCUGGUUCUUUAGUGACUGUAAUGUCAGCAACAGAUAAUGACCUGGGAACAAAUGGAAGUAUUUUGUAUUAUUUAGACCCUGAAGUAGAGAAAAAAUAUCCAAGUAUAUUUACUUUAGAUAGUACAUCUGGGCGUUUAAAACUUAGAUCUUCUCUAGACCGAGAAAAAACUGCAGUAUAUCAUGUCAAGGUUGCAGCUCAUGAUCAAGGAGUUCCUUCACUUUCGUCAACUGUAAAUCUGCAAUUGAAUGUUCUGGAUAUUAAUGACAACAAUCCUGUGUUUUAUCCUAAACGUUAUUUCACAUCAAUUACAGAAAAUCUGGAAAUAGGAUCUUCUGUUUUGCAAGUAACAGCUUCGGACUUAGAUGAAGGUCAAAAUUCACGGAUAUCCUUUUUCAUUGUUGAGGGUUCUGAUGAUGUGUUUGAAAUAGAUGAACUGACAGGCGUUAUUAAAACAAGUGCAGUAAUUAAACAACAAGUUAAAACUAGAUAUGAACUUAUUAUAGGAGCUAGAAAUCCAGGUGAUCGUGAAGCAACAGAAAAUGCAGUAGUUUUGAUUUAUGUUAGCCAACUACAAGGAAAAACUUUUUCACAACAAUUUGAUCAGCCUAUUGGUUAUAAUUUUGUAAUAGAAGAAGAUCCUAAUGAACAAGAACGUAGUAAUGGUCGAGAGGUAGGACGUGUUUCACUGAGGCACACCUCUGACAUGGAUCAAGUAAAAUACAGUAUUACAUCAGGAGAUUCUUUGGGUUGGUUUGAUAUAAAUGAUCAGUCUGGAAUGAUUACUACAUCCCAAAGAAUUGACCGGGAAAUAAAAGCGUUUAUAUAUCUCGUGAUUACAGCAUAUAAUAAAGAUACUUUCAUCACAACUAACGUCAGCAUCCACGUAAGUGACAUCAAUGACUAUAGUCCUACGUUUACGUCACCCACAACAACGGUCAAAGUAAUGGAGAACUGGCCAGUAGGUCACGAAGUGCAUCUUGUAGAAGUUGAAGAUUUAGAUAUUGGAAUAAACAGCAAAGUACGUUUCUCUCUCUCAAUCAAUCCUAAUGAUGUUUUCAAUAUAAAUACAGACACUGGCAUGAUAUAUUUGAAUAAACUUGUGAAGUUUAUACCAGACAUUAAUUAUAAAAUUGAAAUAGUGGCUACAGAUGAAGGUGUUCCAGCACUCACAUCUAAACAGCAGAUUGUUGUAUUAGUGGAAGAUGUGAAUGACCACACCCCAGUAUUUGAACAUAUCUCCUACGAAACUUCUGUGUUAGAAUCAACAUCCAUAAAUGAAAGAUUUUUUAUUGUUGCUGCUUCAGAUGAAGACGCAGGUGAAAACGGUCACGUAUUGUAUGAAAUUAAGGAAGGUAAUGACGAAGAUAAGUUCGGAAUUUUUCCUGAUGGUUUUUUGUAUAUUAAGACGCUUUUAGAUCGCGAAGAAAAUAAUUAUUAUUCGCUUGUUAUUCAAGCGAAAGAUAAUGGUACAAAACCUCGAAAGUCAGACGUAUCUCUUGUUAUUCAUGUCAUUGACGUAAAUGAUAACAUACCUAAGUUUGAUAACAACACUUUGGUGUUUUACAUACCAGAGAAUGAACCGCCAGGCUCGUAUGUUGGAAAACUUUCUGCAGAUGAUAAAGACAUUGGGAGAAACGCUGAGUUAACGUUUUCAAUCAGUACAAAUCAAAACGACUUUGUAAUUGAUCCUAAGAGUGGUCUUAUCAGAACAUUAAGAGAAGUCGAUCGAGAGAAACUGGUCGAAUUUGCUGGUCAUGAUUACAUAGUUAUCGAAGCUUUAGUUCUGGAUGGUGGGCUAAUGAGGUUGCGGGAUGAGGCCAAGGUAACCGUGUACGUGACUGAUGUAAAUGACAACGUUCCACAGUUUCUUCGUACGCCUUACAAGGCAGCCAUUUCAGAAGGUGCACCACUGCAAACCCAAGUUGUGCGUGUAAGUGCUAUAGAUGCUGAUGAUGGGAUUAAUGGAAAUAUAGUUUACUCCAUUGUGAAUGGAAACGAAGAUGAUUAUUUCCAAAUAAAUGAAAGCACAGGACAAGUUACGCUUUCUCGGACACUCGACAGAGAGACUAAGUCUAGGUAUAACUUAAAGGUACUGGCCAGUGACACAGGAGAGAAAGUCACACACAACGCAACAGCCACAGUCGUCAUUGAUGUGUUGGAUGAAAACGAUAAUGCCCCCAUCUUUGAUGUAUCAGAGUCAAUAGUAGAAAUACCUGAAACAACACCAAAUGGCUUCAAGAUUUUCAAAUUCUCUGCAACAGACGCUGACCAAGGUCUUAAUGGUGAAGUGUCGUUUUCCUUAGCAGCUGGAAAUUUUAAAGAAGCUUUCAAAAUUGAAAGCACGUCAGGUAUUUUAUACGUAGACCGCCUUUUGGACUAUGAAGAAAAUAGUGUUUAUUAUCUAAACAUCAGCGCUAGUGAUGGGGGUGCUCCACGCCUAAUGUCAACCUUUCAGUUUCUAGUAAAAGUAAUAGAUGUUAACGAUAACCCUCCAUAUUUUUCUAGUGUAGCAGUAGUUCGGCAAAUAGAGGAAGGAGUUUUAAUAGGCACUCCAAUAGUUACCAUUACAGCAGAAGACAGGGAUUCCGGAUUAAAUGGGAAAAUUGUAUACAAUAUAACUCUCCAGGACCCUUCCGGAAGUCAUUUUGCUGUUGGAACUGAUACAGGAGUUAUUUAUACUACACAAGAGAUUGACCGAGAGUUCAGUGACACUUUUAGGCUGACUGUAUCAGCUACUGAUCAGGCUUUACUUCCAUCAAAUCGACUGUCAGCUGAGAAAUCGGUAACAAUUAUUGUGGAAGAUAUCAACGACAACGCGCCUACUUUUGUGUCUAUGGACGCGGGGGUUUUACCCGAAGACUCUGACCGUGGGUAUAAGGUUAUGACCUUAUCCGCUAUUGACAGAGAUGCUAACACUAACGCAGUAAUCACCUAUGAGCUAGUGGAAGGAGAUAUGGACAUAUUUUUUCUAGAUCGCAACACAGGUGAGCUGUAUUUGUCGAGACAAGUAGAUAAACCUAAGGUGUGGUAUUCUUUGACCGUGCAAGCUACAGACGGAGCGGCGUUGUCCAGCAGGAAAUCCUCUAGAAACAAAGUGACCGUGAUCGGAACAAUGAAACGACCACAAGGUUUAGUAUUCACAGCAUCUGAAUAUUCUGGUUCUGUGUUAGAAAACGAGCCAAUAGGAACAACUGUAUUAUCUGUCCGUGCUCAGUAUCCUUCUGGUCAAUUAGAAGGAAAAAUUGAAUAUUACCUAGUUGGGAUCUACGCAAACGUCUCGCCGCAACAGCGCGUAUUCGCUAUUAACAGGCUGAAUGGGGUAAUAACGACAGCUACAGAGAUAGACCGCGAAGGUAAUGCUCUUGUCUAUGAACUGGAAGUAUACGCUGUUGAUGUGAGUGCCACUGUUCCUAAGACAUCUAAAACAAAGGUUACUAUCACCAUUCAAGAUCGAAACGAUAGUCCCCCGGAGUUCAUAAACACUCCAUACACAAUAUCUUUGUCUGAAGAUGUCCCACCAGGUUAUACAGUGAUCACAGUUUCUGUUUUUGAUCCAGACACCGAGGGAACCAUCUCCUACACUUUGAUAAAUAAUGACCUUCCGUCUAAGUUUCGUUUUGAUUCAGAGAGUGGCGUUCUCAUUUUGAAAGACCCAUUGGAUCGAGAAACGGAGCCGACUCACCAGUUCGCAGUACAGGCAUUCGACGGGAUCCAGACCUCUGAAACCAAGAUCACAAUAGAGGUACAGCACUACAUUUUUGUUGUCCAAGCCCAGGAUUCUGGACAUCCCAGUUUGUCCAGUACUGUCACUGUCUAUUUCAACGUACUGGACCUGAACGAUAACGCACCGUUGUUUAACCCCAUGAGUUACAGUGACGAAGUGUAUGAAAAUGUAACGGUUGGCUCGAGCAUUAUCACCGUCAGUGCUACCGAUCUGGAUUCUGGGCCAAAUGGAGACAUUGUAUUUAGUAUUGUAGAAGGAGACGAAAAUCAUUAUUUUGAUAUAUCUCCAAACGGAACCAUUUUCACUGUCAAACCAUUGGAUCGGGAGACUCAGUCUCUGUAUAAUUUAAUAAUAAGCGCUAAUGACCAGGCCUGGCCAGUGGAGAGACAGUUAUCCAGUACUGUACAGGUAACAAUCAUAAUGAAAGACAUCAACGACAUGUCACCAGAGUUCGUCUCCCCGAAUAGAACGUCAGUUUUGGAAAACGCGCCAAUCAAUACAGUUAUUAUGGCAGUGAAAGCCGUCGACAAAGACGAGGGCCGCAAUAGUUAUGUCGAGUAUAAUCUCCUUCCGGUGCCAGAGAAUAAGUUUACUCUCGGUCCGGUAGACGGACUUCUUCGGAUUAAUGGUCCGAUAGAUAGGGAGGUCAAGUCACAAUAUAAAAUCCAAGUGGUGGCUAAUGACCGAGGAAGUCCUCCAAGAUCAGCACUUGUAGAUAUUGUAAUUGAUAUUAUCGACGAAAAUGAUAAUAGUCCCUCCUUCGACCCUAAGCAGUACAGCGCUUCGGUAUCGGAAAAUGCAAGUAUAGGUCUGAGUGUAGUAGAAGUGUCAGCUACUGAUCAAGAUCAAAGUUUGAGUGGUCAGGUCCGUUACUCUAUCGUUUCUGGUGACUCCAAUCACGACUUCGUUAUAGGUGAAGAUACAGGUAUCAUCCGAAUCAGCAAGAAUUUGGAUUAUGAGCGUAAAAACCGCUACAUAUUGACCGUCCAAGCAGAAGAUAAUGGCGGUGAUAUCCGAUAUGACACGGCUACUGUGACGAUAGGGGUGACAGACGUUAAUGACAAUCCCCCAACUUUUUUGAAUUCUCCUUAUGAGGUACACGUUAUGGAGAACAUGAAUUACGUCCCGCUUCCCAUCGUUACCACUGUAGCCCAAGACGCCGACCAGCUACCCAACACCCACGUACAUUACCUCAUCAAGGACGGAAACAAAAAGCUUUUUAACAUCAACUCUACCUCGGGUGAAAUAUCUGUGAUGAAUAAAUUGGACAGAGAAGAACAGUCAGAGUACGUUCUGACUAUACUCGCCAUGGACUCAGGGACUCCUCGCCAGACGGGUACAGGAACAGUGACCGUCGUGGUCAGUGACGUGAAUGACAAUGAACCUACGUUCGAGAAGAGUCAUUAUGCAGCAGACGUGAAGGAAAACUUGGCUGCUGGCACCCAGGUCAUUUUAGUUACUGCCUCUGAUAAAGACUCUGGAAACAACGGGCUUCUCAGAUAUAGCUUAAUCGGAGAUCAUCUAGAUAAAUUUACUGUUGAUUCCAAUACGGGAGCCAUCUUCACCCGGGUUUCCUUAGACAGAGAGGAGUGUAACCAGUACGAGAUGACAUUGGUGGCUAAAGACAGUGGAUUGACUACUGAACAUUCCGCUAGUGUAAAUAUCACAAUUCACGUGGGAGAUGAGAAUGACAACAAACCUAUAUUUGCGGAAGAACAUUCGGUUGUCCAUGUUCCCGAUAGUUCAACAGGUGGUCAUUUCGUUUUUGGAGCUCAAGCUCAUGAUCUUGACACAGGUGUAAAUAGCAGGUUAGUCUACCAUUUGUCUGGGACAGAUGCUGAUAAGUUCCAAAUCAAUCAGGACACCGGAGUAGUCAAGCUAGUUCAGAAACUUAUCCCCAAACAAGAAGGAUACCAUCUAGAGAUUCAUGCUACUGAUAGCAGUCCAUAUCCUCUUUCAGCUAGUGCCAACGUCGAAGUAUAUCUUCAGCCCACAGAUCUUUUUCCACACUUUCGAUCAGGAAUUCGUAGUUUUGUAUUCUCAGAAAUGGCCGAAAAUCUAACAGUAACGACCGUUUCAGCGACAUCUCCUAAAUCUGGUGAUAAAGGGCAUAUAUCAUAUCACAUUGCAGGUGGUAACGUUGGAAAUGCCUUAACCGUCAACUCUCAGACUGGAGAAGUGCGAAUAACCAGCGGCUUGGAUUAUGAAACGCUGCCUCAAUACGAAGUGUGGGUGGAAGCAACAGACAGCGAUUUUCCAUCUCUCAGAACUGCCACUAAACUUGUUAUACAGACUACAGAUGCCAACGAUAACGUGCCAAAGUUUACAUCUGAAAUUUUUAAUGCUACUGUUAUGGAAGAAAAUGAUCCUCCGCAGUUUGUUACUGUUGUUCAAGCACAAGAUGCUGAUCAGGGAAAUAAUGGAAAUGUUUAUUACAAGUUUCUUGAGUCAGAAAGUUCCGAUAAUUCUUUUACUUUGGAUUCUCAGACAGGAGAGAUCUUCACGAACGCCAAACUCAACAGAGAGUCCUUGGGGUUAUAUAAUCUGGUCGUGGAGGCCAUUGACCACGGCCUGCCUCAAAAAACAGGCACAACUACUGUGUUUGUGACAGUUUUAGAUAAGAACGAUAAUCCUCCACGCUUUACGCGGCUCUUCAGUGUCAAUGUCACCGAAAAUGCGCCGCUGGGAUCUUUUGUAAUCCAGGUAACGUCGUCAGACAAGGACGUUAGUAUAAAUGCAAAUGCUACAUAUAGCUUUACAGACAACCCGGGAGAGAAGUUCCAUAUUGAUCCACUGUCAGGGAAUGUCUCCGUCGCUGGCAGGUUGGACAGAGAACUUAGGGACGAAUACAUUUUAAAAGUUGCAGCCGUAGACGGCUCCUGGAGAGCAGAAACUCCACUCACCAUUUCUGUCCAAGAUGUUAAUGACAAUGCCCCCAAAUUUACAGAAAACAUUUAUAACUUUAACUUUCCAGAACUCCAACAUGCAAUAUCUUUCAUUGGUCAAGUAACUGCUUCUGAUCAAGAUAAGCAUGGACCUAACUCAUUCAUUACAUAUUCCUUAAAGAGACCAUCCGAUUUCUUCCGAAUUGACCCUGGAACGGGUGAAAUUUUUAGCAAGCAGGUAUUAUAUUAUAAACGCACAUCGAGAGUUUCCAUAGAAAAUCAGUACACUCUGUAUGUGAUAGCUAUAGACCAAGGAAAGCCUCCUUUGUCCACCCAAGUCACAGUAUUAAUAAAUAUUGUGGACUCUAACAAUAAUCCUCCCCUUUUUGAGAAACCUAAUUAUUUCUCUCCAAUUCCGGAACUCAUCGAAGUUGGUACUUCUGUCCUUCAGGUCAGGGCCAGAGACAACGAGGACGUUGGAGUGAAUUCAGAAAUUGAGUACUUCAAGGCAGGUGGGAAUGGAACUGACUACUUUUACAUUCACAAAACAACAGGAUGGGUGACCGUUGGAGACAGCCUUCUUGGUCAUAGAGACCAGUGGUAUAUCCUAAAGUUGCGGGCAGUUGAUCGAGGUGUACCCCCCAAGUCUUCAGAGGUCAUGAUUACUCUUGUUGUUACCGAAGAAAACAAACAUCCGCCUGUUUUUACAGCUCUUAGUUACCAAGUGAUUGUCGCUGAGAAUGAGCAGAUCAACUCAGAAAUCAUUGUCGUGAAAGCAACAGACACAGAUGCAGGACUGAAUGGAGAAAUUACAUACGCCAUUUUGUCUGGUAACUCUGACAGAAGCUUUAGGAUCAAUACCAUUACUGGAUCCGUGACAAUUAUUAAAUCUCUGAAUUAUCAAAUAAGUCAAGAGUAUCAGCUUACUAUCGUUGCUUCAGACCGUGGAUUUCAUAGCAAAAAUGCUACUGCUAUGCUUACUGUUAUUGUUACAGACGUAAACGAUAAUCCUCCAGUCUUUAAUUCAACUGUCUUCGAGGUUCAAAUCUCCGAAAACAUGCCAAUUGGCACUAUUGUAACACAAGUUGUUGCCACAGACCUGGAUUCGGGAAGGAACGCCAUUAUUCAGUAUUCUCUAGUAGGAGGAGAGUCGAAAGAAUCCUUUACUAUCAAUAGUCAAACAGGAGUGGUAACAUCCAGACAUAGUUUCGAUUAUGAAAGCAAUGAUCUGUACAAACUAAGUAUUAUGGCCAGUAACGCUGGUUCGAAUCAACAUUCCUCGACAAAGCUGAUCGUACAUAUAACUGGCCAGAAUGAAUAUUAUCCUCAUUUCUUACAGCCAGUAUUCCAGUUCACAGUCAGCGAGUCCGCAGCAAUUGGAACGCCAGUGGGGACUGUUGUAGCUACUGACGAGGACAGUGGUUUAGAUGGUGAAGUAUUUUUUCUCUUUGUAGGCAAUAGUAACGGUCGGGGCUUUCAUAUUCAGACUGAAUCAGGAAUUAUCACUGUGUCUCGGCGACUAGAUAGAGAAUUACAAUCUCGAGUUGUUUUGACAGUAAUGGUAAAAAACAGUGGAAGUAUCAGAGGUAAUGAUACGGACGUAGCCCAGGUUGUUAUUAGUAUUGAAGAUGGCAAUGACCCUCCUGUUUUCUCCAAGAAAAUUUACCAGGCACACAUCAGUGAAUCAGCACCAGUUGGUUCUUCUGUCAUAACUGUUUCUGCUAUUGACAAAGAUGUCCGUCCUAAUAACAACCAGUUCUCCUAUUCCAUAAUGGACAGUGCUGCCGGGAAAUUGUUCAGUAUUGACACUCAGUCAGGGACGAUUCUUACAACCGUCGCUUUGGACAGGGAGACUACAGAUGUGUACAACAUUACAAUAGGAGCAGUGGAUAAUGGAAGUCCUCCCCAGACUGGAAGUGCCUUGGUACAGGUGGAAAUCAUGGAUGUUAAUGAUAAUGGACCUAUGUUUGAUCCUCCAGAUGUCGUGGGUUAUGUCUUGGAGAAUGAACCGGCUUUCACAAGCGUAAUUGUGUUGAGUGCAACGGAUCCAGACCUGCCCCCUAAUGGGGCACCCUUUUCUUACUUUCUGGUUGAUGGAGAUCACAAAGAAUUGUUUACAGUUGAUCACUACACUGGCCUAGUGAAAACAACCCAAAGCAUUGACAGAGAAAGUUCUCCUAAAAUAAACCUUAUUAUUGAACUUCAUGACAGUGGUGUUCCUCAAAUGAAGUCUAGACACCCUAUUAGUAUUGUGGUCAUGGACAGAAAUGACUGUCCAAGUUCUCCUAGAGCACUGACAAUUUUUGUCUGGGUUUAUGAAAAAGUGUUUUUGGGGGGAAAGAUUGCAGAUGUCCAUCCCACAGACCCUGAUCUUACAGGACAAUACCAAUGUACAAUUGUGAAAGGGGAUACUAACAAGUUCCAUAUUCCUCAUAAAUGCGAUCUUCACGCUGCAAGGCUUCAAGACCCUGGAGAUUACACUAUAUCUGUCAGCGGCAACGACGGAAGACAUGCAGAUGUAACCUCCGCUAUAAGAAUACAGUUCAUGAACUUUGACAACUUAACAGUUGAAAAUAGCGUUACGCUUCGUAUAUUGAACCAAUCUUCUGAAACCUUUUUAGCACAUAAAUUCAAUCGUUUUCAAGAGACACUUAGAGAAAUAUUUAAGCCUUUGGGUUCUCCUCUACUGUACAGCAUAACUGACCUCAGUAAUCACUUGGAGUUGACGUUAGCCAUUCAAAAAAGAUAUUUUGAUUAUACUACUUCCAAAGAAGUCCUCGUGUUGCUGUCUGAAAAGAAGAGCCUUCUGCAGAGAGUGGUUAGUCCUGGAGAAAUAGCUAUAGGAUUCGACCCUUGCGAUAACUCUCCUUGUCAGAACGAAGGAAAAUGCCGAAGUUUUCUGGAGUUGCAAGAAACACUAUCGAAUUUGGAUUCACCUUUUUUAGUUUUCACAUCCCCAACGGUCAGUCGUCAGUUUGCCUGUAGUUGUUCGAAGGGAUUCUCAGGCCCAGUAUGCCAGUAUCAACAGAAUCCUUGUUCUCCAAAUCCAUGUUUUUCAGGCGGCACUUGUCACCAUGAUGGUCACAAUUUUCACUGCAUCUGCAUGUCACAGUUUCAGGGCAAGCAGUGCGAAUCUCGACGAGCAGACAUUUGUGCAAGUGCACCUUGCAGAAAUGGGGGAACGUGUGAAAAGUCUCCUAAUGGAUCAUUUUUCUGUCUCUGCCGACCAGGUUUCAGGGGCAGCGUGUGUGAACAAACUACUCACGGUUGUCGUCGUAACAGGUGUUUGAACGGAGGAACAUGCCUCAAUGGAAAUCCUGGUUACCGAUGUCUUUGCAAAUCAAACUUCUAUGGAAGACAUUGUGAAAAGUCUACGUUUGGGUUUCACCAGUAUUCUUACAUGAGUUUCCCUUCUUUGAAUCCGUCUACUAACGAUAUUUCCGUUGUCCUAGUAACAAACAAGAAGAAUUCUCUUCUUGUUUAUAACUACGGCAGACAGAAUGGAGGGAGGUCUGACUUUUUAGCUAUUGAAAUCGUUGAUGGUAAAACACGCUUCUCUUUUGGCGCAUCUCGCUCAGCUAUAGCGUCAAUUACAGCAAGCCAAAAUGUAGCAGAUGGGAAAUGGCACAAGAUAACUGUUAUUCGGAAUGGCAGGGUGGCGUCUUUAUCUGUGGUAGAGUGUCGGGAGAGUGGAGAAUUAUGUGAUGAGUGUUCCCAUGGGAAUGCGAGCUGCUCUCUCUCUGUUACUGGACAUACCGGAACUUUAAACUUCAAGAAACACACUAUGUAUCUUGGAGGUGUUCCUUCAGUUGACCCCUUGCUUGAGAGGCCCGGUCAAGUGUCCAGCGAUGACUUUGUAGGCUGCAUCCACAGUGUUUACGUAAACGGUCGUCAACUUGACUUGACAUCACCCCUCAAGUCUGACCACAUUACUCAAACAUGCCCAAAGUUACAAAGCAGCUGUGCCACUAACCAUGAAUGUGGAGAUAUGGGAGUGUGUCAAGAUUUGUGGUUCUCUAUGAGGUGUCUCUGCCCCAACAAUGUUAUUGCAACCAACUGUAAUGAAGCGUUAGAACCUUUGUCCCUUGGUGAUGAUACUGCUUACCUGGAGUUCAUACCUUUAGAAAAACUGCGCAGGACGUCACUCAUUACCGGAUCAUAUUAUCACGUACAACAGUGGAAAAGAUCUGCUUUAGGUUUUCGGCCCCCUGGCACAAAAACUGUUGCAUUUUCUUUUCGUACCAAAUCAAAAAAUGGACUUUUGGUACAUGCUGCGACAAAAGACGAAGGGUUUACAGUUUUACAGCUGAGGAAUGGUUACGUGGAAUACAAGUCCCACCAGAAGAUUGGAAAGCCUGUCAACUUAUUACUAGAUACGAUUAAUGCUGCAGACGGCCAAUGGCAUGCAGUCAGUCUGACCAUAAUCAGUAACAGCGCCAGUAGCAUCAACGUGUCUGUUGACCAGGAACUUACAUGGGUAGAUUUGGAGUAUAAAGUGCACGAUCUUUUGGAUCCUUACCUAACUGUUAUGACGAUUGGAAAACAUUCGGACCAGGAGACAAAUCUUGUAACAGGUUUUCAAGGGUGUAUAACUCCUCUAAUUGUUAAUGGAGAAGUCCAGAGCUGGAAUACAUCCAGUAGUUAUUUCAAAGUGAUACCACAUGGAAACGUCUACCGAGGAUGUUCGGACGAAGUUCUCGGCCUUGAUGUCGCUCCUACCGAUCCUCUAAGUAUAGGUGUUAUAUUAGUGAUUGUCUUUUUUGUCAUUCUCAUUGUAAUUAUCUUAGUCAGUUUUCUAGUCUUCAGAAGAAGAAAGCUUUGCCGAUAUAAAAGUCAUGGCCAUAUCAAACAAAAUGGAAAUCUGUUCUUGACGCCAACAAGUAGUGACAACCAGCGUGCACAUCAAGAUUCCAACUACAACGAGAAUUUAGGAAUUGAAGAUGUUAUAAGAAAUCACAUGACCCAAGAUUUAGUACCAAAGAAGAUGAAAGAUCGAGAACUUCCAACAGAACGAUGUCAACGACCAGACAUUAUAGAAAGAGAAGUAAUCAAAACAUCACCAGCAUUGCCUCCUCAAAGCUCGGAAAAUAAAUCCCAUCAGGACAAUCCUAAGCCUUCUAAUGGGUUCGGAAUGGGUAACAUUCCCGAUUCGGAACUACCAGAACAUUAUGACCUAGAAAAUGCUAGUAGCAUUGCCCCAUCAGACAUCGAUAUAGUGUAUCAUUACAAAGGAUAUCGCGAUGGUAAUGUUAGAAAGUACAAAACUAAUUCUCAUAUACCAAACUAUCAUAAGCAUAAUCAUAGACAUAGUCCUCAUCAGUUCCAGCCUAGUCCUAUAAGGGAAAGUCCCCGUAAUGUUUUACACCAGAAUUCAAAUUCUGUUUCUCUAAAAGAAAGUCCAUCACCAUUGAAAAUGCAGAAUACUCCAUUAGCACGGUUAAGUCCUUCUAGUGAACUGUCCCAACAAACACCUCGCAUUCUGACUCUGCAAGAUAUAAGUGGAAAACCUUUACAAACAGCGUUACUUGCAACAUCCCAAGGAGUGGGUCCAGAAGGCUUUAAGGACCAAAUGACAAAUUCUGAACGAAGCCUAAAUAGUCCUGUUGGAAAUCUCAGUCAUAGUACAGGUAGCCUUCACUCUCGCCCCCAGUCAGGAAAAAAGAAAAAAAUAAGGGACAGUGGAAUGUCUUUAGGUUUAACGGCUGAAGAAAUUGAGCGAUUAAAUGCACGCCCGAGAAAUUCAAGUCUCGUCAGUACGUUAGAUGCAGUUUCUUUGUGUAGUGAUGAUAAUCCAGAGAAAAAUAAGCUUGCAGAACUUUUAGAGAUAAAUACGGAAAUUUUUGAGCCCCCAGAUUCUUCUACAGAUGAGAGUGGAAACGAUUCUUUUACGUGUUCUGAGUUUGAGUAUGAUAAUAAUUACGAGAAGGCCCACAGGGAUUUUGGGCGUAGCAAUAUGAUAUUUUCCAAGCUAGCCGAGGAAGACAAUGAAAACGAUGAAGACUCAGCCAAAACAUACGAUGGGUUUGACUCAAUUAGAGGAUCUCUUAGCACUCUUGUAUCCUCUGACGACGAUAUUUCUAAUGUGUCUUUAUACAAACCAACCAAUGGAUCUGUAUUAGGCUGGGAUUACCUUCUGAAUUGGGGUCCAAACUUUCAAAAUCUAGUAGGAGUGUUUAAAGACAUUUCAGAAUUGCCUGAUACAGAUCAUUCGGCUAUGGGUCAUACGAAGCCAAAUGAAGAAUACGUCUGACCUUGUGUAUUUAGCUAUGUGAACCUGAAAUUACAGUUUCAGUGCUUUAAAGGGAUAUUUUACAUACAAUAAUAAUAA